AUGAGUAGCAGCUCAGAUGAUGUAAGCAGCAGCAAUUGUUCAAGCAGAUCAGCCGAGAAGAGAUACAAAGGCAUCAGGUGCCGGAGAUGGGGCAAAUGGGUAUCGGAGAUUCGAGUUCCGGGAACCCAAGAACGGCUAUGGCUAGGUACGUACACUACUCCAGAGGGUGCAGCGGUGGCUCAUGACGUUGCUUCUUAUUGUUUGAAAGGAGCCACAUCUUUGCACAAACUUAACUUCCCGUCUAUGUUACCACCCACGGCGAGGACAGAUCUGUCUCCGAGGUCCGUCCAGAAAGCUGCGUCGGAUGCUGGCAUGGCCAUGGACGCACAGUUGAUUUCUUCGAGAGAAAUGGCGCCCAGUAAUGGCGGUUUUACCCAGGAAGGUCAGACGUUGAGUAUCUCGGUGGAUGAUUAUCUUUGA